UUGUGUAUUCAAAAGUAAUGCCGCCCCACCCCGAGUUAAAAUGUUGCAGCUAUUCGUCAUAUCAUUGCAUUCAUGUGACAACCCUUGCAAAUCGUUGACGAGGAUGAAAUGGAUUCUCCAUUGGCACUUUUUAAGUUUUCCUUUGGAAUUACACCAGAUGCGAGAUUAUUUUGAAUUGGCUACACUUAGCAAAGAAAACGUUUCUUUAUUUGAAACAGGCAAUGAGAAUGAUGCAAGCGAUUUUACUGAUCUUCCAGAAAAAAAUGGUCAUAAAAUUUUGGCGUCAUCUGAAAGUGGUAUUUGUUCUUGUGGUGCAGAGUGGGAUAAACGUUCUAUUCAAGAUGAAUCGUUGUACGUAGACUUGUGUUCAGUUGCGUACUUUUGUUCAAUCCAUGAUGUGAAGGUGUAUUGUAGACCUUGCUCCUCUUGUGCUACGAAAAAGCAUUAUGAUGGCAUUUAAAACAGGAUUGUAUGGUUUGGAUCAUAUGCAAUAUCUCAUACCGUUCUAAAAGAUUACAUUCGGCUUUUCAUAACGUCGAGGUACUUUUGAUAUACCCAAGAAAGAUCUCUCGUGGUAACAUGUUAGGUAUGGCCAGUGGUUGGUCAUCGUCAUUG